AUGGACGCCUUCCUCGAGCUCAACGACCGCGAUCAACAGGACCAGCCCGGAUCAUCGGCACCUGGAGGCCGAUCUAGAUCCCGGAGGAGAUCCAAAACCAGAGGCGGCAGUGCGAGCCGCUCUACCUCCAGGACGCGUCAAGGGUCCCGUUCGAGAUCAGGGGCCCGCUCCAUGUCCAAGACGCGGUCUGAAUCCAAGGGCCGCACCGGACCACGUUCCAGCUCCCGGGCCCGUUCAGAGUCUUCCACGCCUGCCAAGGGAAGGACUGACGCGCAGGACCAGGCACGGACCCGUCGCCCAAGGCCGACUACGGGUACACCCAGGGGCUCCAGCUGUCCCGACCAGUCCACGCCAACGAGCACCAGGGCAGGAGAUAUUCAAGCCUAA